AUGCCAGGCUUCGAACCAAAGCACAAAGUCGAUCUCGACCCACCAAAAGACGACAUCAUCAGUCUUGAAUAUCUCUCGAAAUGUGACGGAAAGCACGAAGACUACCCCACGUACGUCGCCAUCAAAGGGACGGUCUUCGAUGUGACCGGUAACAAAGCUUAUGGACCGGAAGGCUCGUACAAAGUUUUCGCUGGAAGGGAUGCCUCGCGGGCGCUCGCUCAGUCUUCUCUGAAGGAGGAAGAGUGCCGGCCGGACUGGUACGAUCUCACAGACGAACAGAAGAAGGUCCUGAACGACUGGUUCACUUUCUUCAGCAAGCGAUACAACAUCAAAGGCAAAGUCGAGGGCGCACAGAAUACCGGAGAGUAGGCACGAUGCUUUUGAAUCAAUUGCACAUUAUUCAUCA